GUAUUAAAUUAACUAAAAUUUAAUUUGAACUUCAAACGUCGAUUUCCUCAAGACUUCGAAAACUCGUGUCUCGUGAAUAUGAAUCAGCUUUUUCUAUCUUCAUGAUAUUUAUUUAUCUUUCCCAAACGAACCUCAAUCUCUUCUUCUUCCUCUGGUACUUGUUAAGCUCUUUCUUUAGUCGAAGAAGAAGAAGAAGGAACUGUAAAAUUGGAAACGUUUACAAGAUGAAAGAUAGAUUAAACCCCAAAAUCAGAAAACCCAACAAUAAUAAUAAUUCAUCUUCCAAGAAGUUCACUAUUUCGUUUCUCUCUGUUUUCUCAGUCUUCCUCUUUGUUAACACCUUCUUCUACCCAAGCUUUUACUCUGAUUCUGACUCAGAUUCCCGAGAAAGUUUCGAUUCUUCGGGGAAUUCGAGUAAAACCAAGGUUUACAUGUACGACUUGCCGACGAAUUUUACUUACGGAGUUAUCGAGCAACACGGCUUAGCUCGCGGCGGUGAUAAGAAAAUUGAUGACGUCACCGGGUUGAGAUAUCCGGGUCAUCAGCAUAUGCAUGAGUGGUAUCUUUUCUCGGAUCUUAACCGACCCGGAAACGAACGGUUCGGGUCUCCAAUUGUCAGGGUUUUUGAUCCGGCUGAGGCGGAUUUGUUCUAUGUCUCUGCUUUCUCUUCGUUAAGCUUGAUUGUGAAUUCGGGCCGACCCGGUAACUCUGGAUCCGGGUAUGGGUACAGUGAUGAGGAGAUGCAAGAGAGUUUAGUAGGUUGGUUGGAAGGUCAAGAGUGGUGGAGGAGGAACAACGGGAGGGAUCACGUGAUUGUUGCAGGUGACCCGAAUGCGUUGAAACGGGUCAUGGAUCGGGUCAAGAAUGCGGUUUUGCUUGUGACCGAUUUUGGCCGGUUAAGAGCUGACCAAGGGUCACUUGUGAAAGACGUAAUCAUACCUUAUUCUCCUAGGAUUGAUGCUUAUGAAGGCGAGCUUGGAGUAAAGCAGAGGAACAACUUGUUGUUCUUCAUGGGAAAUCUAUAUCGUAAAGAUGGAGGAAGAGUGCGAGAUUUGCUUUUCAAACUGCUUGAGAAGGAAGACGAUGUUGUGAUCAAACAUGGAACACAAACAAGAGAGAAUAGGCGUGAAGCUAAACAAGGAAUGCAUACUUCUAAGUUUUGUCUACAUCCAGCUGGCGAUACUCCUACUGCUUGCAGAUUAUUUGAUUCAGUUGCCAGUUUAUGUGUUCCGGUGAUUGUAAGUGAUGGCAUUGAGCUACCUUUUGAAGAUGUUAUAGACUACAGAAAGUUCUGUAUUUUCUUGAGGAGUGAUGCUGCGUUGAAACCGGGGUUUGUGGUUAAGAAGCUGAGAAAAGUGAAACCAGAAAAGAUUAUUAAGUACCAAAAGACAAUGAAAGAGGUUAGGCGAUAUUUCGACUAUACGCAUCCAAAUGGAAGUGUGAACGAAAUCUGGAGACAAGUUACUCAGAAGAUACCGCUAAUCAAACUGAUGAUCAAUCGAGAGAAGCGCAUGAUCAAGAGAGAAGGAAGUGUCCCACAAUGUUCUUGUUUAUGCUCAAACCUGACCGGGAUCAUCCAUGGUGUCUAGUAGGUUUUUAAGCCUUUCGCAAAACUGAUCCAAGUACAGUAAGUACAUUAUCUAUUCAGGACUUACUGGAUCCCACAAUGGAUUAACAAGCGAGCUCACUAUUAAUGAUGAAUCAAGGACUGGAAGGACAAAGAAAACGUUUCCUAACCCAAGCUAUGAAUGACGCUGUUGCCUGGUGAAACUUGGUGUUGGUGGUUUGUUCUGAUCGACCUUAUCCUAAAUUUGCCAGACAAGAUCAGAAUAACGGAAGCAUAAGAUCCACUUACAGGUCUGGAAAUUUUUCCUAUCAGGGAAAAGCAGAGGAGAAUUAGUUCACAGGACUGGCAGAGUAAAACAGGACAGCUCUUUUUUUUUUUGUUCUAUAUGGUAGUAAAUAACAAAUUAUACAUAGAUGUAAUGUACAACCAAAUAGUGUGAACUGCUUUAAGGUUGUGAAUACACUUUGUACAUUUGACUA